GCUGGGCUUUAAAAGAAAGUCAAAAAUUUGGUAUAAAAGAAAAAGGAAAACGUAUUAGCAAGAAUGUAGUUCCUUUGCUUGAAGCUUUUUUUCUUGCGGGAGAUGUGGAUAAAAGUGAUAGAUAUACAGCUGAAGAUAUGUUGAAUGAGUUACAUUCAAUGGUGCAUGAGGGAACAUUAGAAGAUGAAGAGAUUCCAAAAUUAACAACCAUAGCAAAUUGGAUAUCAGGAUACGCAAAAAAACAUCGGCAAGAUCUUGCAAAACAAUCAAUUGAAAUGACAAAA